AGAAAAGUGCUUGCUAUGCUUAUGAUGUCUGCAGAUCUUUUACUCUAUGUGAUUUCUGUGCUUUCUAUUGCAUCAGGAUCUGAUAUUAUUGAUGUAACUUCCAGUACCGAAUGCCGUAGCUCAUGGGAUGAGAACAUUAACAUUACAGCUACAUGUACCCUAACUGGAGGUGCUCAUGCUAUAAUGUAUAUUAAUGAUGUGGUAGCCAGUACUCUGAUGAACUAUUCCCAGAUGCAUACCCAUACUGACUGCCAAACCUGCAACGUUACCACACUGGAUAAUGUCCUAGUUUCUGCUAGUUUCAUUAAAUCGUGCAGCUACAAUGUUACAUGCCGGACUUAUGACGAUAAAAGAGAAACUCGUAAUUUCAUUCUCAAAGAUUGUGAAUUGCUUCCAACGCCACUCUGUAGCAACACGUAUGAUGAUUUGGUUGGAACUGUAAAUGUUACUCAAUUUAUCAACAUCACGGUCACAUCCACCAGUGUCCUAACAUCCUCUGUCAUUAUCUCUCCUAUGCCUAUUACUACAUCCAUUUUUGUCACUAAAACACAGAGCUGCACUUUUACAUCAACCACUACUACAAUUUAUGCUACCAGUAGUUCAUAUUGUCCAAGUGUAUCAACUGAGACAUUAUACUUAUCUUCUAAUACUAUUUUUUCAUCUCCUUCAAUCGCGGUGACAACUAAAACGUCUGAUUUGCAUGUUUCGAGUGCAUCUACAAAGGCUGUUACUAGCAGUUCAUAUUGUGCAUAUACGUCAACUGAAAUAUUGUGUUUGCCUUCUCCUUCUUCUUCUCCUUCUUCUUCUUCUCCUUCUCCUUCAAUUACGGUAGCUUUACCUGCUGUUAGUGCUUCUACAAUAGGUGCUGGUGCUUCAGCAGCAGGACUUGUUAUUGUUGCUCUACUAAUUAUAGUAUUCUUUCUUGUGAUAUUACAGUGUAGAAAGACGGGGAAUGGUCCAAAUAAUAUCAACCUUUCUGUCCAAAACCCUAACUACAUUCCUGAAGGACCUAUUGAGCCUCAUGAAUCAAGCACCAUUGCAAGUGUUAAUGUACAAAAUGCAUUAUCAAAUCAUUAUGUUAUUGAUCAAGCUUCAUCUAAUGAUGAGCCUAGACUCCCAAGCUGUUCCUCUGAGUCAUGAGCAACUUAUAUCUAAAUGUUUGUGCAAAUACAUCUGUUACUGUAACCAGUCUUAGUAUUUGUAUGAUAUGCACAUCUUGUCAGUUUCUUAAAAUUAUGUAUUGUAUGUCAUCCUAUGGCUGAGGAUUUUUUUAUCAUUUUAUAAUUACUUCUCAAAUAAAGUGCUAAUUUAGACAA